UGGUACUGUGGCUGUCUUCUAACAGGCUCAAAGAGCUUGGGCACGAACAACAGUAGAAAGUCAAAGACAGCCUGAAGGGGGACCGAGGGUGAGCAAAAGGAAGACGGCAACAUGAAGAAAUACUCACCCCUCUGUUUCUAGUCCAUAUUACAGACAUACUGUACUACCAAAAGACCCCACCACCACUACCACUUUGACCUAUAUAGUGUUCACACACACUCACACAUUCACACAAACACACACACACACACACACACACUCCUCCUCUUUUUCCUGGGAUUUUAUUUUCGGUGUUCGGGUGCUACAUAUGUCGACAGAUGUCGCGAAACCUAUGAUUUCUGUUGAAUCAAGACCAGGGAAUGACAUUAGCUAAUAAUAAUCAUUAACAUUUAAGCACACUGCCCCUCUAGGACAUCCCUGCUUCAACACUGUCUUGAUCCACCCCUUAUUGUAACUGCAUUGGGAUGUUUAAUACAUGUUCUGUUGGCAGAGAACGUAGUCCAGUUAUGUUAUCUGUAUCCACAAGUGACGGUCUUCCACAGACAUUAAUUAGGCUCUGAGAGGGUGGUAUAGGCAGCAGAAAGCCGUGGAGAGGGUCACUGAAAGAGUGAAUCAGAGGAUGGAAAGGAGGAGUAAGCAGAAGACUGGAACUCUGCUCAGCUGAGCCAAUGGCACUGGGAACUGGCAAGAGUCUCAUCACCAUAAAGAGGAGAGGGGACACUGUGAUGAUGGAUGCUGCCAACCUUAUAUAGCAGCUGUGUUGAUGCCAGUGGCAGCGCCAUUCCUCCAUCAACCUGUCCAGACCCUCAGCUCCUCCAGUCCAGUUUCUCAUCAGCUAAGGAGAACAAACAAGUGCCAAGAUGUCUGAAAAAAAGAUGACCUCAAGCCGCAAGCAUCAUCUGAAGAGCGUGGUGCUUGCAAUCGCUUCACAGCGGCUUGAAGAGGAAGCGGCUGAACUUAUAGCUACAAAGGCAGCAUACCUGAAUGAGAACUGCCCAGAGUUAUCUUGUCCCAGUGGGGUGGAGGAACUACAGAAAUUGUGCAAAGAGCUACAUGCGAAGAUUGACAAAGUCGAUGAGGAGAGAUACGACGCAGAAGGCAAAGUGACAAAGGGAGCAAAAGAGGUUGAAGACCUGAAGUUUAAGGUAACAGAAAUAAAGGGUAUGAAGAAGCCAGCUCUGAAGAAAGUGCGCUUGUCCGCUGAUCAGAUGCUUCAGGCUCUGCUGGGCUCCAAGCACAAGGUCAGCAUGGACAUGAGAUCCAACCUGAAGCAGGUGAAGAAGGAGGUCAAGGAGGAGCCUGCAGUCGCUGCUGGUGACUGGCGUAAAAAUGUUGAGGACAAGGCUGGCAUGGGUGGCAGGAAGAAGAUGUUUGAGGGCGCUGAGGUGUAAAUUUGAGAGACUGACGAAAUUGAUAUCA